AUGGCGAUCUGGUUACGAGUUGUUUACGGAUUGGCCAUUUUUCAAUCAGUGACUGGCAGCCCAGUCCCUGACACAAAUCAUGACAAUGUUGCCGCUAUUGAACGACGCGACUCGCCGGCUCCAGGCUAUGCAUCACCGCCGUACUAUCCUACCCCCUUCGGGGGCUGGGCUUCCGAUUGGUCUGAAGCAUACACGAAAGCUCAACAGGUGGUGAGCCAGAUGACUCUUGCUGAGAAAGUGAAUUUGACCACGGGUACCGGUUUCUUCAUGGGCCCAUGUGUUGGUCAAACCGGUAGCGCCCUUCGAUUUGGCAUCCCGAAUCUCUGCUUACAAGAUUCGCCUCUGGGAAUUCGCAAUUCAGACCACAACACCGCCUUCCCAGCAGGAAUCACGGUGGGUGCAACGUUCAACAAAGAGUUGAUGUACCAGCGAGGCGUAGCUAUUGGCGAAGAAGCUCGUGGAAAAGGCAUCAAUAUCCAGCUGGGACCAGCUGUCGGCCCGCUUGGACGCAAGCCCCGAGGGGGCCGAAACUGGGAAGGUUUCGGUGCAGACCCAAGUCUUCAGGCCAUCGGCGGUGCUCAAACCAUCAAGGGCAUGCAAAGCACGGGCACGAUUGCGACAAUCAAGCACUUUAUUGGCAACGAGCAGGAAAUUCACCGGAUGAGCAAUGUCGCUCAGACUGGAUACUCGUCGAACAUCGACGAUCGUACACUUCACGAGAUUUAUCUAUGGCCUUUUGCUGAAGGCGUUCGAGCAGGUGUCGGCUCGUUGAUGGCCGCAUACAAUGAUGUGAACAGUUCUGCUUGCAGCCAGAACAGUAAACUUCUCAAUGGUAUUCUUAAAGAUGAGCUGGGCUUCCAAGGCUUUGUCAUGACGGACUGGCUGGGCCACUACACGGGAGUUGCAUCUGCCUUAUCUGGCCUUGAUAUGUCUAUGCCAGGCGAUGGCGCUGUGCCGCUCCUUGGUGAUAGCUACUGGGGCUCUGAGUUUUCGCGCUCUAUUCUCAACGGAAGCGUUCCUGUGUCUCGACUCAAUGAUAUGGUCACUCGCAUCGUGGCGACGUGGUACAAGAUGGGCCAGGAUAAGGAUUAUCCAUUACCAAACUUCUCGACAAACACGCAAGACCAAACUGGUCCAAUAUACCCGGGCGCACUUUUUUCUCCCAGUGGCAUUGUCAAUCAAUAUGUGGAUGUUCAAGGAGACCAUAAGGUUACAGCUCGGGCUGUGGCUCGGGAAGCGAUUACCCUGCUCAAAAAUGAGAACAACGUCCUUCCGCUGGCUACGAAUGCCUCACUGAAGGUAUUCGGUACCGACGCAGGUGCUAAUCCCGAUGGCCUCAAUUCUUGCUCGGAUAUGGGAUGCGAUAAAGGCGUUUUAACUAUGGGUUGGGGCAGUGGCACUGCCAGGCUGCCUUAUCUCAAUACCCCUCAGGAGGGCAUUGCAAAUGUCACUCAAAACGCCAAAUUCUACCUUACAGACUCUUUCCCCUCUGGUGUGACCGCACAAGCUGGAGAUAUUGCCAUUGUAUUCAUUAAUGCUGACUCUGGGGAGAACUACAUCACUGUGGAGGGCAACCCUGGAGACCGCACUGCAGCCGGUCUCGUCGCCUGGCACAAUGGAGACGAUCUUGUCAAAGCGGCAGCCGAAAAGUUCUCACAGGUCGUUGUGGUCGUCCACACAGUUGGCCCAAUACUUAUGGAGGAAUGGAUCGAUCUCGACUCGGUCAAGGCUGUGCUCGUUGCCCACUUGCCAGGUCAAGAAGCUGGCCAAUCUCUUGCCGACGUACUCUUCGGAGACCACAGUCCUAGCGGACACAUGCCAUAUACAAUCCCUCGCAGUGAAUCUGACUAUCCCGACAGCGUGAAAAUUCUCAACCAGCCUUUCGGACAAAUUCAGGAUACCUACACGGAAGGUAUUUACGUGGAUUAUCGCCACUUCUUGAAUGCCGCCAUUACUCCACGCUUCCCGUUCGGCUACGGUCUCUCUUACACGACAUUCAACUUCACCAAUCCCACUGUUUCCAUCGGCACUGCACUAAACUCUGCCUAUCCUCCAUCUGCUCCUGCGCGGGGAUCCACACCAGUGUAUAACAACACCAUCCCCGCUGCCUCAGAAGUAUCAUGGUCUUCAUUCAAAUACACCCGCAUCUGGCGUUACCUUUACCCCUACCUCGACAACCCCGCCAGCAUCGCAUCAUCCGACAAGUACCCCUACCCAGACGGGUACAGUACCACCCAGAAACCCGUUCCUCGCGCAGGCGGCGGUGAGGGGGGCAAUCCAGCCCUCUUUGACGUUGCAUUUUCUGUCAAAGUCGAUGUGAAGAACACGGGCUCGCGCUCCGGCAAGGCCGUCGCACAAUUAUAUGUGCAGCUGCCGUCGAGCCUUGGCGUCGACACGCCCGCCUUACAGCUCCGUCAAUUCGAGAAGACCAUGAUUCUUGCGUCUGGAGAGUCGCAGACCUUGACGCUCGAGGUGACGCGCAAGGACGUGAGUGUUUGGGAUGUUGUUGCCCAGGACUGGAAGGCGCCUGUCAAUGGAGAGGGCGUAAAGUUGUUUAUUGGUAAUAGUGUUGCGGAUACGCCGGUUGUUUGUGUCGUUGGUGGAAGUUGUUCUGUGCAGUAG